AUGGACCCCGUCAAGGCCACGCUUCGCGCGUUCUGCGUGGCCGCCCUGGGCACGAUGGUCGAGGCGCGAUCUGCGUUACCACUGUCGUCGACCGACCCCCAAGCAAACCUCAAGGAAGAUACCGAAGUGACCUUCGAUCCUCUCGGUGUCGCCGCUGUGCUCCAUAACCCGCGUGCUAAUAACAGCGCCGCCAUGCUCUACACCCAGUCGGAUCGCGGCAUUUUCACGUGGCCGCAUACCAUGAUGAUUGGAGGUACUUUGCCAGCGAUGAAAAUGCUCGUCGACCACCUAGUGGAAGAAAUGAAAUCCAUACAUCCCGCGAUCACCAUGUGUACGCAAGUCACCACCAUGUUAACGGUUCGCUCCGACAUUUCUGGCUCCGUGUUUCGUGAACUCCCCCUGGAUUCGAGCAACGCCUGGCUCAACCAUGUGGUGUCUUUCAAGGCAUCGGCCAAGCCAGGUAACGAUUUUGCGGUGGUAUGCGUCGACGGCAUUCGCGAGGACGUGAGUGUGCGAAGGCAGAGGGUGAAGGACACUAUAGGCCCCCUGCGCUGGUGGAUCGCCACCUUGACAUUGGAUUUGAUCAGUCUGGUCAACGGGCUCAUGAUGGCCACAGGAUUGAUCAUGGGGGUGUUGGUUGCCGACAUAUGGGCCGCAGUCUUGUUCUUUCUGUACUGGUGUCACUGGCUUGGGACAAUACUCAUCUCGUUCCAAAGCAUGGUUCAAAAGGACGAACCGCUCAUUAAUAAAGACGAGCGGCCAAGAUAUGCCAUUUACCAGCGAAAGGAAGGCGGGACAGUAAUUUUCAAGGGUCGACAGGACCAACUCGAAGUUUGGGCUCGGUCGACGUGGGAGUAUAGGCCGGACUUCUGGAAGAAUUGCCUGCAUUGGAUAUGGAUAAUGACGGGUACUUUGUCCGCAUUUUGUUCUGUGGCCUGUAUGGUGAAUAUGCGCAGCUAUAUGCAAUUGGCCUUUCUGGGGGUCCUGGUCUACGCCUCUCUUGCUGAGAUCCUAGCCAUCCGAAUUUCGCGCAGCUUGCAAAAGAAGGCAAAAGGCGACGAUAUCCAUGAGGCUUACGUUUUAACAAAAAAUAAAACUAGAUCCGUGGCCAUCAUCCGGGCGACAUUAGAGAUAAAGCGCACUUGUCGGUUGGAAGGAUUGAACUGGAUAGACCUCAAUCUCCUUCCACCAAUGUUUGUGUUUGAAGAAAUGCAGAGAGUGCUCAAGGAUAUUGGUUCGAUGCAGAUAGAAUGGGAGGACGCCGAGUUGGCGUGGGAUUCACGCAUUGCCAAAGCGCGGGAAAGGUUGGGCGUGUUCGUCGCGCAGGUGAAAAAGAGGGACGAAGGGGUGUCGGACGACCAAAAACAAGGUGACCUCGCCAAAAGAAUUCAGACUGAAAUAGAAACAGCGCUGAAGACUUCAUGGGAGAACACCACCACCAAUGUCCAUAAGCCAGAUUCGAAGUUUCGCGGUGCCUAG